AUUUAUGCAAAAUCAUUUUAGUCUGUAAAACACUGUCUAUUUUCGACCUAUUUUCUCCGCCUCCGUUUGUCCCUUCUGUGCCACACAGCCCUCGGCAGAUUACUGAAAAUGCCUUUCAAGAGGUACGUCGAGAUUGGGAGGGUGGCCUUGGUUAACUAUGGCAAGGACCACGGGAAGCUCGUCGUCAUCGUUGAUGUCGUCGAUCAAAACAGGGCUCUUGUUGAUGCCCGUGCUAUGGUCAGAAGCCAAAUGAACUUUAAGAGGCUUUCUCUCACAGAUAUCAAAACUGAUAUCAAAAGGGUUCCUAAGAAGAGGACUUUGAUUGAAGCCAUGGAGAAAGCUGAUGUUAAAAAUAAAUGGGAGAAUAGUUCAUGGGGAAGGAAGCUGUUCGUGCAAAAAAGAAGGGCAUCUCUUAAUGAUUUUGAUAGGUUCAAGAUCAUGUUGGCAAAAAUUAAGAGGGCGGGACUUGUCAGGCAGGAGCUUGCAAAACUGAAAAAGGAGAACGCAGCCUAGACUUCUUUCUUCCAUUUAAAUUUUUUCAAUCUUGUUAGACUUAAAGCUUUCGUUUUUAGUUUUUAGUGUUUACUUUUCAAACAAGCUGUUACAACUUAUAAAUAAACACAUUUUCUGGAAACGUGUAACUUGGUAUUUUGGCACCAUAGUUGUUUGAGCAUGAUUACUAAGUGUACUGAUGUCGUGAAGCA